AUGGCUGGAGCGGAUCUGCUGGUUGUCCUUAUUCAGGUCAUACUGGACAAACUGAAUCGCUCAUAUCUACACAUUGUAUUCUUCUCCAACCUUCCUGGUUGUAGCAUCAGAGACGUCAUUGGUUCCACAGCUGUAAGUAGCUCAGUCUGGCUCACAGUCACCUUCACCUUUGACCGGAUGGUGGCUAUUUGUUUCCAGAAACUGAAGACAAAAUUCUGCACUGAGAGAAAUGCAGCUGUCAUUAUCACAACUGUCAGUUUACUGAGUUUAUUCAUCAAGAUCCCAUUGUAUUUUAAAUAUGAAACAUACUAUUGCAAAAUAACCUAUGAAUACUUCUACUACCUUGUGUGGCUAGCUUUUGACUGGGGAGAUCGUAUUUUAACUCCAGUACUCCCUUUCUUCCUGAUCCUGCUGCUCAAUGCUGUCACUGUCAGACACAUCCUUCUGGCUAGUGCAGUCCGCAGGAAGCUGAGAGGACAACCAAACGGGGAUAAGCCGAAUGAUCCAGAAAUGAAGAAUCAAAGAAGAUCUAUCAUUUUGCUCUUUGCCAUAUCGGGCAGUUUUAUCCUGUUAUGGACCACUCGUGUCAUAACUCUUGCAAUUCAAAGAAUUACAGGAUGGUACAUUGGAGCACCAGCUGGAUAUUGGGUGGGAGAUCACAUGGGGACAAUGCUUCAGUUAUCCAGCUCCUGCACCAACACAUUUAUUUACACAGUCACAAAGAGGAAGUUCAGAGAGGAGAUGCUGAAUACUGUGAAAUAUCCCUUCAUCACCAUCCAGAAUUCCAAUAAACGAUGGGAACAAAGCUGGUCAAUGUAA